AUGCGAAAGAGCAAUGAGGAACCUUCCAAUCUCAGUAACCGGAAGCCACCCUUGAAGCGGAGCAAGACUAUUGCCAAUCCAAGGCACUCACCCUCUGCCUCUGCAACUACUAAUACCCGCCAUUUCUCUGUGUCUGUCUCUGAUUCCGACGAGCAAUGGAACUACCCUUCUUUCCUUGGCACCACCACCAAGAAAAAAAAGCCACCUUCCAAACCUUCCAACACCCACAACCUCAGCCUUGCUAAACCCUUACUUGUUCCACCACCGCCACCUCCUCCUCCUCCUCCUUCCUCUUCCUCUUCGCCACCCCCUUCCCAACUGACCAGACCUCAACAUCCCAGGCUCUCUCCGAUCUUGUAUCUGGAUGAGAAACUUCACAUGUGCUGCGAAAUUGAUUUUUGUCCUGGCAAUAGAAAGACAUCUUUCGAAAAAGACGAUGGUUCAUUUUCUUAUAUCCUGAACACUGACAGUAGAACAGUUGCUUUGUAUAUUGUGGUGGUAACCCUUAUUUUGCCUUUUUUGUUGUACAAAUAUCUUGAUUACCUUCCUCAAAUAAUAAAUUUCUUGAGGAGAACAAACGAUAACAAGGAGGAUGUACCAUUGAAGAAGAGAGUUGCUUAUAUGGUAGAUGUAUUUUUCUCCAUAUAUCCUUAUGCAAAGCUACUUGCCCUUCUCUUUGCAACUUUGUUUCUUAUAGGAUUUGGGGGUUUAGCAUUGUACGCGGUGACUGGUGGUAGCUUUGCCGAAGCACUUUGGCAUUCUUGGACUUAUGUCGCUGACUCAGGAAAUCAUGCCGAAACAGAAGGAACCGGGCAAAGGAUUGUCUCUGUGUCAAUUAGUUCAGGUGGUAUGCUGAUAUUUGCUAUGAUGCUUGGGCUUGUUUCAGAUGCUAUAUCUGAAAAGGUAGAUUCUCUCAGGAAAGGGAAGAGUGAAGUGAUUGAAAAAAACCACAUUCUCAUUCUUGGGUGGAGUGACAAAUUGGGUUCCCUUUUGAAGCAGCUAGCAAUAGCAAAUAAGAGUGUUGGUGGUGGUGUUAUUGUGGUGCUUGCAGAGAAAGAGAAGGAGGAAAUGGAAAUGGAUAUAGCAAAGCUGGAAUUUGAUUUUAUGGGAACGUCCGUAAUUUGUAGAAGUGGCAGUCCUCUUAUACUGGCUGACCUAAAGAAGGUUUCAGUUUCUAAGGCACGUGCAAUCAUUGUAUUAGCUUCAGAUGAAAAUGCAGAUCAGAGUGAUGCACGUGCUUUGAGAGUUGUUCUUAGCCUCACAGGUGUAAGGGAGGGCUUAGGGGGUCAUGUUGUCGUGGAGAUGAGUGACCUUGACAAUGAACCUCUAGUGAAACUUGUUGGCGGAGAACUCAUUGAAACAGUUGUGGCACAUGAUGUAAUUGGGCGAUUGAUGAUUCAGUGUGCUCUACAGCCUGGCCUUGCACAGUGUGACUCAGCAUCUGUUCACUUGCUUCCUUCUCUUGGCCAGAUAUGGGAGGAUAUUUUGGGAUUUGAGAAUGCUGAGUUUUACAUCAAAAGGUGGCCUGAAUUGGAUGGUCUCUUUUUCAAAGAUGUAUUAAUUUCAUUUCCUGAUGCAAUACCUUGUGGAGUUAAGGUUGCUGCUGAUGGGGGAAAGAUUAUCAUCAAUCCAGAUGAUAGUUAUGUUCUUAGAGAUGGGGAUGAAGUCCUUGUCAUAGCUGAGGAUGAUGACACUUAUGCUCCAGGUCCUCUUCCAGAGGUAUGUAAGGGACAUUGCCCAAGGAUACGAGAUCCACCUAAAUAUCCAGAGAAGAUAUUAUUUUGUGGCUGGCGACGUGAUAUUGAUGAUAUGAUCAUGGUUUUAGAGGCACUCUUGGCCCCUGGUUCAGAGCUUUGGAUGUUCAACGAGGUUCCUGAAAAGGAAAGAGAGAAGAAGCUAGUUGAUGGUGGACUUGAUGUUUCUGAGCUAGAGAACAUAAAACUUGUCCACAGGGAGGGUAAUGCUGUAAUUAGGCGGCACCUGGAGGGUCUACCACUGGAGACUUUUGAUUCUAUCCUUAUUCUUGCAGAUGAGUCAGUGGAAGACUCUGUUGCUCACUCUGACUCUAGGUCUCUAGCUACCCUUCUACUCAUUCGUGAUAUACAGUCACGACGCCUACCAUACAAAGACACAAAGUCAACUUCUCUGAGGUUAUCUGGGUUCUCACACAACUCUUGGAUCCGUGAAAUGCAGCAAGCUUCUGAUAAAUCAAUUAUAAUUAGUGAAAUUUUGGAUUCUAGGACUAGAAAUCUAGUGUCUGUGUCCAGAAUCAGUGAUUAUGUGUUAUCUAAUGAGCUGGUUAGCAUGGCACUAGCAAUGGUGGCUGAAGACAAGCAAAUCAACCGAGUUCUUGAGGAGUUAUUUGCAGAAGAGGGGAACGAGAUGUGUAUUAAACCAGCAGAGUUCUAUUUAUUUGACCAGGAAGAGCUGUGUUUUUACGAUAUAAUGACUAGGGGUCGAACAAGAAAGGAGAUUGUUAUCGGCUAUCGCCUAGCUAACCAAGAUCGAGCUAUUAUCAACCCUUCAGAAAAGUCAGAGCCAAGAAAAUGGUCCCUUGGUGAUGUUUUUGUUGUUAUUGCCAAAGGAGAUUGA